AUAUUAAUUUAAUGCAAGGCUUGGAUUAUGGAUCUUGCAUGGCAUAUAGCUAUUAUUAUGGAUAUUUAAGGCUUGUACUUCCAUCAACAGGUUCUCUUAAUAAAGGACUAAUAGAAAAAAUAGAAAACAUUGAGGAUAUUCAUAGUAUAAAAAUAAAUAUCCAUAAACUAUUGAUUUUAAUUCCUUCAUCAUCAUAUAUUCCACCAGACCUUAAAGAUGCUUCACAUCAAUGGAUGGAAAGUGCAAUGAAUUUGGAAGUUGAAGAACGCAAUCGAGCAGGAGUUAAAGGAAGAUUAUAUCAUAACAGUGUGUAUAAAAUUUAUCCUGAUGGACCAAAAUCAAGGUCCAAACCUUUAUAUAUAGUGGUGGAAGGUGCUUCACCUUUACAAACUUUCUACGAAGUUCAAAAACAUGCUCACAGCGAAACAAAUCUUUACAAAAAAUAUUGUAAAGAUAUUAUAAAAAAGUUUUAUGAGAAGUUAAAGCAGUUAAUGGAUAAUGAUCCAGAGUGUAGAGAUCUUUAUGAAUUAAUUUAUUACAAUGAUUAUGACAGUAAUGGAGUUAAAGUUAAUGUUGCAAAAGUUAUUUUAGGCAGGCUGUCUAAAAUUAAAAAUUCGAAUAUGUAG